CUCGGCGUGUUUCUUUGGAGGCAGAACUGAUGGAUUGGGUGCAGGGUGUGAGGACGGGAGGACAAGACCUUCCUGGGACUCUGCAGGCGUCCCCCUAUCCCGGGAACUGUCCCCAGUCCACCGCUAGGCUACAGCCCUCCCCAGCCCCCACGGCAACUCCAUUCCUCCUUUACCUGCUAUUGCCCUGAAGCCCGACAUCUGGUACAGGGAAGAUCACUUCUCAAGCUUUUGUGUGUCUGGAAGUGUCCUUGUUCUCGCUCCGGAUUGACUCACACAGGAGCCAGACGCACAACUGUAAACGGAAACGGCAAGGUUUGUUCCCCAGUCUUUGGCACCCAGCACUGCUGCUGAGAGGCAGCUCUGGGGAAAGUCUGAAUCCCGCCCACAUGACCAGGCUUUUCUCUGGGUGCUUUUAGCAUCUUCCCGUGUCUGUGGUGUUCUGACGUGACAAGAUGAGGCUUGGGCCCAUGCCAUCUCGGGACUGGUGGAUGCCCUUGUAGGGGACACCUCAUGAUUAUCUUAACGCCACAGACUGGGUGGCUUAAAACAACAGAAAUUUACCCUAUCACAGUUCUGGAGGCCCGAGGUCUGAGAGCAAGUGUCACACUCCCUCUGGGGCUCGAGGGAAGUGUCCUACUUUGUCUCUUCCAGUUUCUGGGGGCUCCAGGUGUUCCUCGUGGGUGGCAGCAUCACUCCAGACUCUACCUCUGUCUCCACACGGCCUUCUCCUUCUGUCUCCCCCUCCGUCUCUUGUAAGACACUUGUCAUUGGCUUUAGGGCCCACCUGGAUAAUCCAGGAUGACCUCGUCUCAAAAUCUUCAAUUGCACCAGCAAAGGCCCUUUUUCCAGUUCUCAGAGCCUGUGGCUUGAAGGCAGAUGCUUUUCAUCGAGGUGGCAGGAAGCACCUGACAUCCAGCCAGGGCCCAAGAAGGAAAAUCGCUCAGCCGGAGAGCUGGGAGAGCUGGGAGAGGCGUAGGAUGAGACGAUGCCUGAGGCUGACGCCACCUUCCCCUGCGUUCAGGCGGGAGACAGCAGGAGCCUCGUCCUCCCUCAGGAUGGGUUGCUCUGGGAGGAAGACCCUGUCUUUCUUCCUUAUUUUUGUGCCUGUUUAUCUACAUGGGGCUUCACUGCAGGAAGCCGGCCCAACAGGGCCAAGGAAACCAUUUUUUGAGAGGCUGCGUAGACUAGAAGAGCAGUUUCGGAGAUUCCAGGAGGUGACCUUAACACACCUGCGGGGCAUUGCCAGCAACUACAACGUUUCCUAUAACGUUGACGUCCGGUUCCGGAGCCUGGCAGAAGAGAGCCAGGCCGUGGCCGUGGCGGUCAACCAGUCGCAGGCCGCCGUGCAGGGGGACCUGGCCCAGCUCAGGGCCUGGGUGAGGAAGAUUGAGCGCAGGAGCCGGAAGGCGGACUCGAGGCUGCAGGCCUUGGACCUCGCCCUGAGCAGGAAGAGCGAGCUGCGGGCCCCGGAGAGGAAGGUGCAGAAGGAUGCGGCCUCGGGACUGGCCCGGGACGUGCAGGCCCUGCGGGACACGCUGGCUGGCCUCUCGCACCUUGUCCACAGCCAGGGGGCCAGGCUGGCUGCUCUCGAGGGGCGGCUGCCCGUGGCCAACCUUGGCCCCGCAGCCCCAGGGCCUGUCCCAGCCCCAAGCCCGGUGCAGCCCGAGCGGCCCGGCCCGAGCUCCCUGAAGCUGCAGCGGGGCAGGCAGGCGCUCAGAGCUGCCCCGGAGCACAGGAGUGCCGCCCAGGACUCUGCUGCACAUCCCCAGGGGACACGGGGGCCCCCAGCCUCAGGCAGCCACCAGGCACCUGAUGGGGCUGCUGCAGCCCCGAGGGACCCUCCUCGGCCUGUGCAGACCCCCCAGAGGCCAGGAGAGAGGUGCAGCAGAGGCCCCGCGCUCGUGUUCCCCAACGCCUCCACUGAGAACGUGGUCUCCCUCAGCCCUGGCUUCCUCACGGCCCUACGAGCCCUCUCCUUCUGCAGCUGGGUCCGAACAGCCUCCGGCCACCUGGGCACCCUCCUCUCCUACGCCACGGAAGACAAUGACAACAAGCUGGUGCUGCACGGCCGAGACUCCCUCGUGCCGGGCUCCAUCCACUUUGUGAUCGGAGACCCGGCCUUCAGGGAGCUGCCCCUGCAGCUGCUGCUGGACGGCCAGUGGCACCACGUCUGUGUCAUCUGGACUUCCAUCCAGGGCAGGUACUGGCUCCAUGUGGACCGCAGGCUAGUGGCCACCGGCUCCCACUUCAGGGAGGGCUAUGAGAUCCCCGCGGGAGGGUCCCUUGUGCUGGGCCAGGAGCAGGACAGUGUGGGGGGCGGAUUCGACAGCUCUGAGGCCUUCGUGGGGAGCAUGUCUGGCGUGGCCAUCUGGGACCGGGUGCUGGUCCCCGGGGAAGUCACAAACCUUGCCACUGGGAGAGAGCUCCCGACAGGCGCCAUCCUGACACUGGCCAAUGCCACACGGCUAGGCGGAUUCGUGCGGAGGGCCAACUGCACCUGCCUGGAGCUCUGUCCGUGAGGCCGCGCCAGCAGGGGCUGCGCCAGGGAGGGGAUGGUGCUCCCACCCGCACUUGCCCUCCCCAGGACGAGCAGUUUCCGCAAAGACCCCCGCCGCCCGCCGUGGCUGUGCACACCUGCGCCCUAACAUGGGAGCAGGGAGGUGGACAAGGAAAUAGCGAGCUGGAGACAGGCCCGGAGUCACCUUUGGGCCACAAGGCAGCAUCCUUCCUGCCGCUCCUUCAGAGCAUCUGCCGCCUCGUCCUGUGUGGCAUGAUGGCAUUUCAACACCGCCUGACCCAGCCAGACAGAGUGCCGGGCUCCAAUGGGCCUCUCCUCUGAGCAUGUUUGCAGCUCCUAAAGUCUAGUUGAUUGAAGGCUAGUUCCUCGGGACCGUCCGUUUUCCUUGAAACUGCAUAGGUGGCAUUCGAACCAUCACUGCCUUUCUCAAGGUGAUCAUUGUUCCAACGGCUCUUGUGAAAAAGGCUGACAGUUUGUUUCCUGGCCCUGUGAACUACAGCACACUGCCCCAUCCUACCCCUCACCUCCCCGGGAGCUCUGGGGGCCCCAAAGUCAACUGGCCCAGUCCUGUCCUGUUGUCCUGUGGUGGCUGGGGAGGCCACAGGGGCGGAGGGUCCACGCAGGGGCAAGUGGUUCAAAAGAAACAUUGGAGAUGGACUGGCAGUGCUUCCAAAACAACUGCAUUGAGGUACAAAUUAUGAGCCAUAAAAUUCAUGCAUCUUAAGUGUGUGGUUCAAAGAUUUGUAGCGAAUUUACUGAGUUGUGCAGCCACCAGCAUAAUCUUGCUUUAGAACAUUUCUGUCGCCACCCCCAAAACUUGUGCUGCUGGCGCUCACACCUGUCCCACCCACCUCCUCUCACCCCUGGCAGCCAGGGACCUGCUGUGUCUGGAUGUGCCCGCUCUGGACACGCCCACACACGGAGUCACACAGUACGCGGCUCUCGUGGCCGACUCCUGCCCAGCAGCAUGUUUGCCUUUUAACGGCUGAGUAACACUCCACGGUAUGGACAGACCGUGUUUUGUUUAGACAUUUAUCUGCUACGGACAUCUGGAUUAUUUCCAGUUUGGGUUACUGUGAAUAAAGCUUCUAGAGCA